AUGAAGGGGCCUUCCAGUAAGACUAAACCCAAUGCUGGAGAACCAAAGGCACCGGAGGACGCACCAAAGAAAAGGGGUAGGAAAGUUGUGAUUAUCGAAGAAUCAGAGGAAGAAGAAACUCCUCCUGAGAAACCAGAAAAUCUCAAUGGACCAAAGAAAACUUUGAAAAAUAAUCAAAAAUUACUUGAAAGAAAUGAUGAUGUCGAGGAUCCUAAUCCAAGGCACAAACAAUUACCGUAUCUCGGUAUCCCAGACUUAAAUAGUAAUGCGAAAGAAUCGGUUGAAGAGUAUGACCCAGUGCCUUUCUAUGAGAAGCGCCCGAUAGCAUACAAGCAUUUAGCUCCAAUAGAAAAUGUUAAAAAUGAGGAACAAGCGUUGAGCAGUCUGUUAAAAGCACCUGUUACUCUAAGCGCGGAAGUACUUAUGAGCAUUUCUCCUGGAGUAAGGCAAGAAUUGUUUAAGGCCUUAGCUAAAAAGAAGGUACCAAUUCAGACUGCUCACAAUCGAAAAGUAACUAUAGUCGAGGAGGUUGAUAAAGACGCACCUCCAAUUAAAAAGCAAGAAGAUAAUUUUAAUUUCGGAAAAAUCAAUAUAAAUGACUUGGACAUCAAAGCCACUUUUAUGUGCACAACAGAGGAUGAUGGAGUAAUACCAAAGGGUUCUAUAGUCCUGACAGACCCUGUUGAGCAAUAUUUGCAAGGCCUAGGCUCAUCGGAAACUCCAAAGGAGAUUUACGUAUCUAAAGAGUCCCAUGCUUAA